AUGGCCGACACUCCCGAAACCUCUCAAACCUUGGCUACUGCUGGAAGCUCUCAGACUGCCGCUACACCUCUUUCUCAGACAGCGGCUACACCUCCUUCUCAGACAGUGGCCACACCUGACUCUCCUCCCCGCAUCCCUCGUACUCAUACUUCACCUGCCAUUAUUAAAAUGCUUAAGACUCUUCCCUUGGUAUCUAUUCUCCAGAUGAACAAGGAAAUUGAAGAGAAAAAUGCAGUACGGUCUCGGAAGACCUUUAACCAUCUUUUUGAUCCUACUGCCCACACUGUGCCUGGAUCUGAUGAAGCUUCUCUCGUUUCUCUUGAUGACGCUGAUUUAAACCGCUUCCGGAUCCCUUCCUUUGCGGCUUCCUUCCCUAAUCUAAUCUAUGCUAAGCUUGCUAAAUGGAUUGCGGAUGAGGAGAUUAAAGAGAAGCCAGCCUUAGCUUUUCCUCAGCUUCUUUGA